UAAAGUUACACGACAAUGUAGAAAGACUCGCGUGCGUCCCCCUGGUUAUCGGGUCUGGUCGCUUCUGGCCAGGGCCAGGCAGGAGGAAAUGAAAGGAAAGGGACUGGUCAGGAUGGAUGGACUGAGGGGGAAGGGAAAGAGGAGAAUAACUAACGGUGUGGUGUUUGUGCGAGGCGAGACGAUCAAAACAGCUCUCCGCGUUCACACAAACAGAGUUAACGCUUUUCGUCGUAUCAUAAGGGAUAUACACACAUGCUAAAAUAUGAUUCAUUUGAAAACAGCGAAUGACAGAGCUGAACAUUUUGCAAAAAAAUAAUUAUGCACUUUGAAUAGUUUCAAAUUGCUUACGUGUUAAACAACAUCGGGAAGUGAAUGUGGAACGAGACACUGUGACAACUGAAGAAUAACAAGAUCACUGUAAAGUCAAGGCAGCAUUAAAGGGACAAACACACUUCUGUCCAUGGGUUUCAAGGACAUCAAAGAAUGAUAUGCUGAUCCAGUUGCUGUUGCCAGAGGCUUCCAAUCAGUUCUACGCCAAAACUUUCAUAGACUUUAAACUCACUCACACACACACACAUAUUUUGUCAUAAACAAAUACCAUUCAUAUACACGCCAUCAUGGCCAACAUAUAUCCAUACGGCUGCUUCACUCAUGCUGUAGUCAGAGGUAUCCCAGAAUCCUUUGGGAAGUUGGCGGAGGGUGGGGAAGGGCUCGAGACAGACCUGGCCAAGGCACAGCGUCAGAUGGGGGUGCUGACAGGUGCUCUGAGGCAGAAGGUGGGGCUGCAGCUGAUAGAGAUCCCAGCCGCCCCGGAGCUGCCCGAGAGCUGGCGGAUCGAGGAUGUGGCUGUGGUUCAGGGCGACACGGCACUGGUCACUCGACCUCUCAAACAGCAGAGGCGCGCUGAGGCAGAGGCCGUGAGGCGCGUCCUGAGCGAGCUGAAGCUGACGGUGAUGGAGAUGGGUGAUGAGGAGGGCGGCUCUGCUGGAGCCACUCUGGAAGGAAGUGAUGUCCUCUUCACUGGAAAAGAGUUCUUCGUGGGCAUUUCGAAACACACCAAUCACCGUGGGGCAGAAGUUUUGGCCGACACCUUCAAGGACUUUGCAGUAUCCACCGUGCCUGUGUGUGGAGGCUCUCGUCUGAAGAACAUCUGCUCCAUGGGCGGCCCUGAUACCAUCAUCUUCAGCAGCAGCGAUGGGGCCAAGAAAACACUCAGAGUGAUGGAGCAGCUAACUGACCAUCACUACGAGAUCUUGUCUGUGUCCGAGGACGUUGCUGCUAACUGCAUUUACAUCAGAGGUCCUGCUAAACUGGACUUCCUCCUACAUCCCACAGCUGAGGAGUGUCCCGGCAGUGUUCCUGCUUUCCAGCGCUUGACAGACUACACCCUGCUGCCCACCGCCUGCAGCGAAGCCUCCAAACUUGGGGCGGCGCUGUCCUCCCUUUGCCUGCUUAUCAACAAGAAACCCUACUAUUGAGACAAUCACAGCACAAUAAUAUUUACUUUCUUUACAUCUCUUACCAUGUGUUUACUUCAGCCUGAGGUUUUAGGGGCUGCAACUGUCCAUGUUUCUCUUAUGCUUUCAUUUCUUAGGUUUGUUUAGAUUUGUAGAAUGGACACAUGUUAUGAUAGUAUUAUACUAAACAGCCUUGAAAUAAACAGGAGAUUAACUGUUUGCUCACAGUGACGGAAAGGUUCACCCCAAAAGUGAUGAUUCACCCAAAAAAUAAAUUUUGUUAUUUACUCCUA